CCCAGAUGACGGGACUUUAAAUGUCAUAAAAUGACGCCAUCUAUUAACCUUAAAUAUUUUCGGUGUUUUCCUCAUAUUUUUCAGUCGUGCGAGGAAUUCCAGUUGGGAAUGUUCUUCGUGGCGAAGUGAUAUAUCGUUUUCUGAAAGAAAACUUAUGUGUAGUGACAUUUAAAACAAUUUUCCGGUAGUUUUAGUUAUGUGUGAAAUUGAGUUUUACAGUUUGGAUACCUAAUAAAAUAAGAAAACCAUCAAAAUGGGCACAUACUACAUUUGCGCCAUCAUUUUUAGAGUUGCCCUACCUGCUUUUAUAUACGCAUGUGUUGCCUUUCGACCAUGCGUUCUAUCAGGAAUAUACCUGCUACUGGCAUGCUACCUGCCCUUUGUACCGGUACCAAAACCUCGUACCAUGAGUGGCCAUACCGGAAUAUUUAUGAAAAUAUGUAUAGUUAUAACUGUUUUAACAACAUUGGCGCAAAUAAUAUUUCAAAGCGUAUUAUUUGCGUUCGCACCGUAUGGAUCUAUCCUAGAAAAAUGCGAGUUUUUGGAAAAAGUGCUAAGGCACAUAGGCUUCAUAAGGUUCGACAACAUAUCGGCGCAAACCGGAAUAACAUGGAUAGCCCCAGAACUAUUGAUGCUGGUGACAUCCAUCACCACCUUCGUAACCAUAAAAAAGUUGGUGAUGUUCUCGCACCAGCAACUCAGCGAAGAAGAAGGGGUGAAAGAGGAUGUAGCCGAUUUCAAGAAAAAUAAGCAAAAAUACAUCAGAGCACUCGUUGCAGUUGGGAGAUACGCGGUUCUUUUCAUACUGUGUCUAGCAGCGGUUUUGAGGCCCUCUGUACCGGGCGGUCUCUACUUUUUAUUCUUCUUAUCCGCCUCGACCUGUUGGGCGUGCUAUAAACAGCUAGGAAAAGGGUUUGCCAUACUUUUAAGGAUACUAGCUGUGCCCGUAUUCUUUCACAUAACCUCACUGUACGCCUACCAAACUCAGUGGCCGCAAGAACUGCUCGAAGCCAACAGUACUUACGCAAGGUAUUUCGGACUUACUCCACUUUUUUCCGUUGACUGUGAGGACGACCCGAGGAAUUUUAUUUUCGCGCAUGUCGAAUGGGCUUCGUAUCUGAACCCUGUGGUGCUCUACAUUUUGUUUUAUUUCCUUAUUUUGCUGUCCAAAGGUCUGCUUAAGCCAGGGAUUUUAAGAAAAUCCAGGUUAGGAUCCGUUAAGGAGACCACACCAUUAAUCAGAGGUAAGAGUCCGAAGAGAUAUGGCAGUCGCAGGGUGAUCCAAGACUCCACGGGAAGCGUCACAGUGACUGGGGACAAUGGAGAAGAAAUACCCAUGGAUCAGCUGGGUAAGGAAGAAGAAUAUAAGCCGUCAAAAUUCGAGACUCUAUUAUUUGGUCUGGAUCAAAUACUGCAAGUUAUAAUCAAAUCCUCAUACAUUGGUACCAAUAUAAUAAUGAUGGCGUGGAGUAUAACAUACCUAAGCUGGAUAACCUUCGUGCUACUCAUCUGGGCCAACCUUCUGUGGUUGAUACCCAACCAAAGGAAGUCGAUGCUGCGCUCGAGUCCAUUUUUGGUGAUCUACGCGUGGUUCCUGCUCAUAUCGGCGUACAUAUACUCGAUGAAUUUGACCGAGGACGAGCUGCCCUCCAACGUGCAGGGCAUCAACCUGGCGCAAAUAGGUUUCGUCAAGGUUACGCACUUGCCUUGCAAUCCCUUGCUGGUGAAGUGCCUUUUUACCGCGAUGUUUUGGAUCACUUUGAGGCAGUACAUGCACGAGAGGAUGACGCAGAGGCAGAGUUCCGCUUUGGCGGAUAUGGUGUCGCCUCUGCAGGUCACAGUAGGCACCGCAACCGGUGUAUCAAACGAACAACAAAAAGGCAGCAAAGCCAUGGACGUGAUAGGCAAACACAUCAGUCUUUUGCUAACCAAAUUUUGGAUAUGGGUGGUUGCCAUAACCCUUUUUGCUGUCGCUAUAACUGGACAGCGCAUGACCGUAUUCAGAAUUAUUUAUAUGGGACUGUUUCUACUCUUUGUGUUAUCAUUUCAGAUAUCUUUCAGGAUAUGGCGGAAAAUUAUGUUCGCCUUCUGGCUAACUGUCAUUGUGUAUUCCAUGAUUAUUUUAGUAAUGGUUUACACGUAUCAAUUCGAUAAUUUCCCCAAAUAUUGGGAGGAAUAUCUUCACGUGCCGAAAGAACAGCAAUUGGAUAUAGGUCUGGAGAUCUUCGAGACCAAGCAGCUGUUUAUAAGGCUGGUAACACCGACGUUUUUCGUUAUUAUAACUGUCAUUCAGCUGCAUUAUUUCCACAAGGAUUUCAUGACUCUAUCAGAUCCGAAAAACACGAAUUUGAUUGAUGUCGAUUUAGAGGAAAGUUCUUUGCAGGGUGGCACCUUUGUGCACUCGGAAAGCAUGCCAACAACUACCUCAUCAAUUAAGUUGGAUGGCAAAAAUUUUGCCAAAUCCUUGACCAAAGUAUGCAAAAACAUUCUGAAUCUAACAUUCUUGUUCCUCGAAAUACACAUGCCCAAAGUGGUGAUGUUUUUCGCAAUGUUACUGUGCGUUUACGAUCAAUGCGCCCUCUAUCUGGUGGUCAUAGUACUUAUAGUGUUGGCUUUAACGUUCGGACGACCGAUGAUGGUCAUAGCCAUCUUUACCAGCAGUUUCUUCGCCUCCAUUUUGCUUUUAUCACGGAUGAUCUACCAAAUACAAUACAUCGAGCCUGCUAAUUGGACAGUUACGUGUCACUACAACAACGACACAAACGGCACGGAGGAGAACAACGCCCCCUGGUUGGGCUUCCACAAAACUUCCACCGACAAAUCACUGCCAUCCUUGGUGAAGUGGAACAUCAUAUACAUUCUCGUGGUCACGCUGUGGUCCGUGGUGACGGUGAGGCAGCUGAAUUACAAAAUAUCGCGGGGAAAACCCACGAAGCGCUCCUACUUUAUGUUCCCGAGAAUAACGCGGGAAGACGCAGACAAGAAUAUGAAAAGUUUCCUGAAGUACAUGGCGAAUUAUAUGUUCUACCGACUUGGGGUCGAGUUAUCCCUUAUGGCCACCGUGGCGCUGAUAGGCUUCAGAAUGGACAUGUACGCCUUUCUUUACAGUAUUUGGUUGUUAAUACUGAUUUCGUGUACCAGGGCCACACAAGCGAAAAUCUGGAACAUCUAUGUCAUAUUUAUAGCCGUUUUAUUACCGAUACAGUACAUAAUGGUUAUAGGGUUACCUCCCAGUUUAUGCAUUGAGUAUCCUUGGGAUAUGAGUGAGAUCCUGCGCAGACUGCAAGAGUGGGCGUACUUAAUGGAUGCGCACUACUCCCCUAACCCCAAAAAGUUAAUAUGCGAUUUCAUGGUGCUAUUAUUCGCAUCGCGGCAAGCUUUGGCGUUCAGGAUUGAAAAACGCAACGCGGGAAAAGAUUACCAGGGGGGUUCCAACGAAAGUGUCAUUCACCUCGCCGAGGAUCCCAACUUCACCAACCCCACGCCGGAUUUCAUAACCUACGUGAAAAGUUAUCUGGACAUUUGCAAGAGACUGGUUUUGCUGAGUUUCUUGUGGGUCACGUUGGCGGUGAUGUUUUUGGCCGGCACUAACCGAGUUAAUGUUUUUUCGAUCGGUUAUCUGCUUGGUGCUUUUAUUUUUCUCUGGCAAGGUUCAGAUUUGUACUUGCGACCCAUACCGAAGAUAAUCAAGUCGUGGGACGUUUUAAUCUACUACAACGUGGUGUGCAUAGCAGUCAAGGUGGCCUUGCAGGUGGUGGGUUGCGUUUUCAUACAGGAGAUGUCGGGGGCGUGCUGGGCGAUUCAGCUGUUCGGCAUCGGGUGCGUGAAGAAGUUCGGCAACAUAGCGCAGGAAUCCGGGUUCAAGGACCCGAGCGAGUGCGAGGUGCCAAGAGAGUUCGUCGGCUUAGUUUGGGACGGCAUCUGCUUCGGCUUCUUGAUCCUGCAGCGCAGGAUAUUCCACAGCCACAACUUCUUCCACAUGGUCGACGAGAUCAAGGCCACCACCAUCUUGGCCUCGAGAGGCGCCGACUUGAUCGAGGAGCUGAGGCAGAAGAGGAUAGCCGAAGAGGAGGAAGAGGAGCACGGGGUUUUGCAGAAGAUCAAGCACAAGAUGGACAGGAUCAAGGCCACCCAGCAGAAGAUGCAGAACAGCAUUUACAAGGACACCGCGAAGAGUCAUUAUGUCGAUUCAGUUUUACCAAACAGACCGCGCCAACGAAGAAAAACACCCGUAACAUACAGACAGGCUAUAAGAUCCGGUGAUUACUACAUGUUCGAUGACCUUGAAGAUGACGAUCUUGACAUUGACAUUCCAAAAACGCCUGUCGAUCCUGAGGACCCCGCCAAUAAAAAAUUAAAGCCCGAUUUAUCACAAUUGUUGAGCUCAGCAUUGAAGCGCCAAGGUUCGAGGAGACAGGGGCGGGUCGAGCUCAGUCGUCGACUGAGCAUGCCCCUGUCCAGGCAAAAGUCAUCGUAUUCGGCGAGAUCCGCAAUCUCUGUACCCUUUUCCGCCCCUCCCACAAUUCUGGAACAGGAAGUGGACUCGUCCGGGAAAGUGAUUGAACCACAACCGAGCACAAGUAAAGAUGAUGAAAUCAGCGAACUUUCCGAAGCCCAGCAACUUACCGCGUAUCAAAAGGUUAAAGGUUACGUUAGGCUGCUUUGGGUGUACAUUGAAGGCACCAUGGUCACUCUGACAAGAUUUUUAAAUCAAUAUUCCAAAGACUACAGGUAUAUUAUAAGGGUUUUGAGCAAGGAAAAGAAGAUUUUAAAGGAAAAAACAAACUAUAGCGUUGGAACUAGGGUUGGCUCUGCGCAGGUGUGGCAACCUGCAGGAUCAUAUCACAGCCUACUGAGACAAGAGCGCAAGGCGAGUGUACUCACGGUACCGGAAAUCCGAAUAUUGGCGGCUUCGCUCGAACGAGGACUCGACUCUCCGCCAUUGUCGAACGAUGACAGUUCGUCGUCAAGACCGCGCAGCGACCUCUAUGACGAAUUCGAUCAAGGAGAGAUGUCUUCGUACGAUCAACCCACCAUAGCCAGGCUUGCGCUCGCGCUGUGGCACAUCGUAAUGAGCAGAACCGAGAUGCUAUGCUACUUCAUCAUAUUCCUCAAUCAGAUCAAGUCUGCCACGUUUCUCUCUCUACCGCUGCCUUUGAUGGUGUUCUUCUGGGGUAGCUUGACGGUUCCAAGACCUUCCAAGACCUUUUGGAUCACCAUUAUAGCAUACACAGAGGUUAUUGUUUUUAUUAAAUGCAUGUUCCAAUUUGACAUAAUUCCAUGGAAUCAAAACGCUGGAAUCAUUAAUAACCCAUUUCAUCCGCCCACUAUUAUCGGCAUUGAAAGGAAGAAAGCAUACGCAGUAUGGGAUUUAUUGUUACUUUUAGUGGUAUUCUUCCAUAGGGUUAUGCUUAAGUCUAUGGGUUUGUGGAAAUCAACCAUGCCAGUGCCAGCUGUCUUGGUGUCAGAUGGCGAGUACAAACUGGUAGAUGGCGAACUAGUGCCGGUCGACAAAACUAUAUCUUCUAAUUCAACAAAUACCAGCAAAAAAAUCAAUGAAGAAGAUGAUGAUGAAGAAGAAGAAAACAAAUUGGAUGGAAAUGAGAGUUCCAUAGUGCCUGCGGAUGAUGAAAAUCUUUUGUCUCUGCAAAGCAACGAAGUGGGGUCUUUCGAUAAAUGUCCCACAUUGUUUAAAAAAGCGACUGGAAAAUACACUGAAGGUGUAACAUUUUUCUUCAAUCUAUUAUUAAACCCUUCCGGCAAACAGGCUACAGAUGUGUAUUCCUACAUGUUUGUCUGUGAUUUUUUCAACUUUUUCGUCAUCCUCAUUGGAUAUUCAUCAUUCGGGGCGCAACAAGGCGAUGGAGGCGUAUCUUCGUACCUGGAAGACAACAGAGUACCCGCCCUCUUCCUUCUGAUGUUGAUACUGCAAUUCAUGCUGAUCAUCAUCGACAGAGGCAUUUUCCUGCGCAAAAACAUCCUGGCCAAGCUAGUCUUCCAAUACACGCAGGUCGUGCUGCUGCACAUAUGGCUGUUCGUGCUCUUCCCCAUAAUGACGGGGAGCAAGUUCAACUCGGUGCUUCCCCCGCAAAUGUACUACAUGGUCAAGUGCUUCUACCUCCUCCUCUCGGCCUAUCAGAUCCGUCGCGGCUACCCUUCCAGGAUCCUCGGCAACUUCCUCUGCAAAGGUUACAAUUACGUCAACUUGUUCCUCUUCAAAGCGUUCAUGAUGAUACCGUUCUUGUUCGAGUUGAGAACCAUAAUGGAUUGGAUGUGGACCGACACUUCGAUGACUGUCUUCGACUGGAUUAAAAUGGAGGACAUCUUCGCCCAUAUUUUCCAGCUUAAGUGUCAAAGGUACGUCGAUGAAAAGUACCCGCAAGCCAGAGGCGAGAGGAAAAGCCCGAUGGGUAAGUACAUCAUGGGCGGCGGCAUGCUUGCCGUCAUCAUCGGCAUCAUCUGGUUCCCGUUGGUGUUCUUCUCGCUUGGCAACGCUGUCGGGCAGUCCAACACGCCCUACGAUGUCACCUUGGAGAUCAGGAUCGGACCCUACGAGUCCGUUUACCAGAUGUCUGCGCAGAACAACUCGAUCUAUGCAUUCUCCGAAAGCGAUUUAGAUAAAAUGUUGGACGCAUACAAAUCCCACAAAUCCGCGGUAACUUUUAUAUCGAACUACGAGGCCUCGGACAUCGCCGCUAUAAAACUUAGCACCGACUCCGCGAACAUCUGGAGCAUAUCUCCGCCGGACAGGCAGAGGAUGGUGGAGGAGAUCAAGUCGGACAAGCCUCUGACGGUGAGGAUGGAGUACAAGAUAUCGCACAAAACCAGCAAGCCGGAAGAUUCCGGCGUGAUACCGGAAAGCGUCGAGAUCAUCAUACCCGCCCUGAAAGACAACAAAACGAACCCGGUGAGGGGGCAGCUGCUGAACAUGCUGGACGCCAAGCCGGCCACGCCGGUCAACUUCGAGUAUCUGAUGCCCAAGUUCCUGAAGGUGACCAACAGGGGCACCGCCAAGCCCAUCACGCAGCUGAUGAGGGAGAGACCUGACGAGGCCGCCAGAUCGUACAGAAACAUUUCGUUGAGUCUCAACAGGACGGAAACCACUUCUAACACCACCAUGAAAGAAUGGUGGCGCAUCAGGGAAAUCUGGGAGCCCACAGAUUACAAUUACAAUAAUUUCUUGAAGAAACUUCCUUACAACGAAGCCGAUCAAAUUAUUCUCUACACUUUCAACGACAAAAUUUUCCCGUCCACGUUAAACGUCAUUACUGGAGGAGGUAUAAUAGGUCUCUACACGACGCUGGUGUUCGUGGCGUCUCGCGUUUUGCGCGGCAUCUUCGCCGAGCAGUGCUUCAAAAUCAUGUUCGAGGACAUGCCUAACGUCGACCGGGUGCUUCAGCUUUGCCUCGACAUCUAUCUGGUGCGCGAGGCCCGAGAAUUUAUUCUCGAGGAGGACCUGUUCGCGAAGCUGGUGUUCCUCUUCAGGUCGCCGGAGACGCUGAUCAAGUGGACGAGGCCCAAGGAGGAGGUGGAGGACGACGAGGACCCCGAAGGAGACGAGUAGAUUUUUUUUGAUCGAGUAACAUCGAUAGGUGAGAUUUUAACCUCUCUUGAGUACCUACUCAAAGGCAUAUCUUAAGUGUGCCUGUUUUAAUGUAGGUACUACAAAAAGCAUAUUAAUUGAAAUUUAUCAUAUCAUUUUUUUUAAUAACCUACUUUUUAUAUAAUUAUCAUAUUUUCUGCACACAGGGUGUUCCAACCAAGAUGAAAUAUGAUUUCAAAGACAAAACAAAAUAUUUCUUGGGUGGAACAUUUUUUAAUUUAAAUUAGUAAGACUAAUUAAUUAGUUUAUUGUUUAUAAGUUAUUUAAGCAGCCUUUAAAAGGAUUAAAUAAAUCAUCAAGUUAAUUUUAAAUUAAUUUUUGAGUUUUUAUAACUAAACUAUUUACUGUAAUGCUAGUCAUUUAUAUUUAUAUCUAGACUUAAACUCCGGUUAAAACAAGUGCUGGGACUAACACAAUUCACCAAAGUCAACAAAAAAAUCAUUCAUUAGAAAAAAUGCACUUUUUUGCUGUAAUUUUUUAAUGAUUUGAUUGUAUUGCUGUUAGGGUUUUAAAGUGUUGAAAAUAAAACGGAAAAAUUCUUUUUUGAGAAAAAUUGUUUUUUUUUUAAUUU